AUGGCCAGCCCAACCCGCGCCGCUGCGGCCUUCGCCCGCCAGGACUGCAGUAACGGAUGCUCCCCAGAAUGUACCGGAGCAGCGGGAUCAAAAGAGACGGUGGGGACUUUCAAGGCUAAAGAUCUAAUAAUCACACCAGCCACCGUUUUAAAGGAAAAACCAGACCCAGCGACUCUGGUUUUUGGAAGUAUUUUCACGGAUCACAUGUUGACCGUGGAGUGGUCCUCAGAGUUUGGAUGGGAUAAACCACAUAUCAAGCCGCUUCAGAACCUAUCAUUGCAUCCUGGCUCAUCAGCUUUCCAUUAUGCAGUGGAAUUAUUUGAAGGAUUGAAGGCAUUUCGAGGAGUAGAUAAUAAAAUUCGACUCUUUCGGCCAAACCUCAACAUGGAUAGAAUGUACCGAUCUGCUAUGAGGGCCACUUUGCCGGUAUUUGACAAGGAAGAGCUUUUAGAGUGCAUUCAACAGCUUGUGAAACUGGAUCAAGAAUGGGUCCCCUAUUCAACAACUGCUAGUCUCUAUAUUCGUCCUACAUUCAUUGGAACUGAGCCUUCCCUUGGAGUCAAGAAGCCUACCAAAGCCCUGCUCUUUGUAAUCUUGAGCCCAGUGGGACCUUAUUUUUCAAGUGGAACCUUUAAGCCUGUGUCCCUGUGGGCCAAUCCGAAGUAUGUCAGAGCCUGGAAAGGUGGGACUGGGGACUGCAAAAUGGGAGGGAAUUAUGGCUCAUCCCUUUUUGCCCAGUGUGAAGCAGUGGAAAACAGCUGUCAGCAGGUUCUAUGGCUGUAUGGAGAGGAUAAUCAGAUAACUGAAGUUGGAACCAUGAAUCUUUUUCUUUACUGGAUAAAUGAAGAUGGAGAAGAAGAACUGGCAACUCCUCCGCUAGAUGGCAUCAUUCUUCCAGGAGUGACGAGGCAGAGCAUUCUGGACCUGGCACGCAAGUGGGGUGAAUUUAAGGUGUCAGAGAGGUACCUCACCAUGGGUGAUUUGACAACAGCCCUGGAGGGGAACCGAGUGAGAGAGAUGUUUGGCUCGGGUACAGCCUGCGUUGUUUGCCCAGUUUCUGAUAUACUGUACAAGGGUGAGACUGUACACAUCCCAACUAUGGAGAAUGGUCCUAAACUUGCAAGUCGGAUCUUGGAAAAAUUGACUGAUAUUCAGGAUGUAGCUAUCAUACCUUCUCCCGCUGUACAGAUAAGGAAGCUGAGACCUAAAGAUGUUAAGAAACUUUCUCAAGGCCACACUGCUAGGAAGCAGAGGAAGGCCACGCGGGGGUACGUGCCAGCCCAGCGAGUCUGCAAAGACGGCGAGCAGCAGCCUGACCUUCCUGGCCAGCCGGGCUCAGCUCUGGCGCGGUCUGUGCGCCAGCUCCAGGGAAAAAGCCAGGUUGCCACCUCUCCUACUUUCAUUAUCAUUUCGGGCUUUGGCUUUCUUCCCUGGAUUCUUUGUAACUCAACCUCAGGACGAGAGAGCGUGGACAAUCACUCAGGAAGUACUGAAGGACUAGAACUUGAAGCUGUUCCUAUCACUUCUGCCUACAUUUCAUCACCCAGAAUGCAGUCCCAUAAUCAUCUCUACCAGUAG